UGCGACUUUCUGCUUACUUCAACUCGCAGCUGUUUUCGGUCACGAGUCGCGCGUCGCACAACUCUACGCAGCACGCACUAAAAAAGUAAACGCAUACAUAUUUACUGAUAUAAACGAUGUUAUUGUCUAUUCGGCGGCGUAUUGAAAACGGAAUGAUUAUUCUAAAUAUAAACAAAUUUAUUGACCCCCGAACGGCAGUGAAUAAUUAAUGCGACACACGAAAAGUCGAGAACGAGUGAUGUUCAAAACGCUGCUAAUAAUCCUACUGUCGCUUCUUGUUGUGAUUGUAAUGCACAACUGAUCUCAAAAUGGAUCUUCUGAAUCUGCUGCUGCUUAUUGUGAUAUCCGUCUGUGUUGGCAUUGUGUUAACGGUUGUCGUGCAAUACUAUGUGCUCGUGCGCUAUUUUAACAAGGGCCCCAUUGCUGAAACGCCUAAGAAGCUUAACACUGAGGCUUACAGUUUACCUGAGGAGCUGAAGAAGAAACUUGAGUGCAAUGAGAAUACCAGCUCCAGUCUGCCAAUCAGUCUCAUGCUGCAGUUUCUGUUUCAUGAGCUUCGACACUCUGACAGUAUAAAACAAUGGCUGUACAAGAAGUUGAGCAUGGAAUUUGAUGAAUUAUUGACCAAGACUACCAUUGGGAAAUUUUUUGAAGCUGUUACAAUUAGAGAUAUGCAUUUAGGAUCACAGUUUCCUGACAUAAAAGACAUUUCUUUGGAUAGCAUUAAGUUGGACAAGACAGAGGGCCAUAUAGACAUGCUAAAUUUGUCAAUUAAAUUAGAUUAUACUGGAAAUUUUUUAUUGUCUGUUGAUGCUAAGAUGAAGUUUGGCAAGACAGCUUAUUUAUCAAUAAAAGUGAAGCGUAUUAACGGCAUUGGGAGAUUGCAAUUUACAAGACAUCCAUAUACACACUGGUCAUUCAGUUUUUUCAAUGACCCUCUAAUUGAGUUAGCUGUGGAAUCUCAUUUUCAAGGCAGACAAUUACAAUCGAAUAUUACUAAUUUGAUUGUGAAUCAGAUUAAGAAGGCUAUCAAGAGGAAACAUACAUUACCAAACUAUAAAAUCAGAUAUAAACCAUUCUUUGUUAAGACUGAUCCCGGUCAGCUUGAUGCUGACGAUAACGAAAUGGUCUCUCACGGCACCCUGGAAGUUUCCCUCGGUGAAAUCUCACGUCUUGAUGCACCUCCUGAUGUAACCAACGUGCAUUGCACCUUCACCAUCGAUACAAUCCCCUUCAUAUGCCUGUAUCAAAAGGAAAACUCAUUGUGGCUCAUGUUGGAGUUAACGCUCACCAAAGUCCGUCAACAGCAGCUAGGGGUUAUUUUCAAGCAAGAGACGAACAGUACGGUGACGAUUGAUAGUGUCACACCGCAAACGCCUGCUUUCCACUCCGGCUUGCGGCAGGGCGACGUCAUCCUGGCGAUCGAAAAUAAAAACAUUAGUAAUGUGUCACAGAUUAGUAAGAUAAUCAAAGCGAUUACUUCGGUGAAUAUCAGCUUUAAAGUUGAGCGCUGUACCAGUAAUUACGUGAUGAAAACAACAACUGUACAAACAGGAAAUAAGACUGAAGAGAAAACCCCAACGAUUUGCGUCAAUGAUGCAAUCAACGAUGUUUCUGAAGGUGUAGACGCGGCUGAGAGUUUUGUGAUGGUUGACAAAAAUGAUAAAAGCGAUGAUUCCGAUGGUAAGAAGUCGGCGAAAUCAACACGCAGUGAAAAAAUGCCGAAAAUAAUCACGUCCGGUAAUGAAAACAUGUCCAAAUUUGCACAGACGCUUGGAAACUUUGCGUUGCGGAAACGAAAAUCGUCAGUUACAUCAGAAAAAUCGGCAGCUAACAACGGUGAAACGAGUAGUAAUAAAAGCACACCGAAUCCGAGUUGUCCCAGUACUCCACAGCACGGUUUUAAGCAUCAUUCGAUUUCUCUGCCGACAAAUUUCCUGCAGAGUAAAAAACAUUCGAUAUCGGAAGUACCAGAAAUUAUUCGAACCGACACAGAGGCGCAGGAGUGUGAGAGUUUAGACUUGAUUGAAGUGCAGAAGACCGCGGAGUUGCCAUUAAAACCAUUAAUGGAUUUUAAUGAUGAAUAUUCAUUCCAACUGAAGGAGAAUGCCAAGUAUUUGAAUAUUAAUAUCUGGGGGACGAACACGCAGCGUGAGGUUUUGCUUGGGUAUGCAAACAUUCCGCUGUGUGAGAUUCUGAAUGCGUGUUGCAGCUCUCUUCUGGGACAUUAUACAAGAAGUUAUUCAUUUUUACCGCCGAAUAAUACACCACCAAAUGCUCAAAGCCAUCCUUUGAUGUCCCAUUCUGGUUUCGAGCAUGUGUUUUGCUAUGGAGACAUUUUGUUAUCUUUUGUGUGGAAUCACGACGGCGAUGGAAGCUUGAAACGCAAAAAUUCGACUGUUUCUGAAGUGGAAGUAAAGCCCACAAUGCAAAAAACUAGCAUCAACCAACACGAUUUUGUCCGUACCCAGUUCCAUCGAAGUAUUCAUUGCGAUUUUUGUUCAAAAAAGAUUUGGCUAAAAGAUGCAGUCCAAUGCCGGGACUGUGGCAUGUGUUGCCAUAAAAAGUGCAUUAGUAAGUGCCAAUUGAGCACCGACUGUGCCCUUGUCGAUCGCAUGAGUAUCAAGAGCGAUUCUUCGGAUCAACCGGACUUGAUAAUCGGCGAUGUGGCGGAUGACAAUUACAUUGACGAGGAAGCCGGCAACAGCGAAGGAAUAAAUAUUAAACGCGUGAAUAGCGUUAAUAAUCUAUCCAUUCCAGGUGCACACAUAAAUGCAUCACAAUCGCGCAGCUUGCCGCCAUCACCACAGCGCACGCCGAAUCGCAAGCACUCGCUCACUGUCACCAAUCCGUUUUCUCUUUGUCCCGCAGCGCUGGACGAGAUCCAAAACGCGCAGGAAUCACACGAUGCGGUGAAUAAACUGCUCGAUCAGAUGCUGAUCUGCGCGACGGAUGAGAAUCUCAUGGAGAGCGCGCGUGAAUCCGGGCGGCAAUUGUAUGCGACGAUGGUGUCAGAUGAAAGAAUUGAGAAAAUCAAUGCAAUGAUGGUGGAACUAAAGAAAAUGUUUGACAUCGUAACGACAGAGCAUGCCGACCUAAUCAAAAAGUUGAAUAACGAAGAAGUUGAGGUGGAGCGUGCAAAACUAGCAUUUUUGCUGGGCCAAGCCGACGCCAAGAUUCACGGCCUCUCCGUGCUCAUGCUACACUACUGCUCUGGCCUGCAACAAUCUUAACACUCCCAUGCAAACCCUACUCACUCAACUGCAGUGAAGUUUAUUUAUUUUAUCGUUUUGUACAUACGGGCGAAACUGGUUGUUUCUAUAUGUGAUCAAUUAUCAAUUAUUUUAUAAUUUACAACUUCAAAUCUCUAAAUGUUUAGCGGAACACAUCACGUUAUAGUCUUGUAGACGACCUAGGUGACACUAUUGACUAAAUAUAUAUUAUUUGCAAUUCCCUGACAAUUUCUCAAUUGGUUGUGAAGUAUUUAAUUUAUAAGUGUAAACAGAUAGCUGCAGCUAAAUUAGGCUAGCUUUUCAAGUUAUUUUAGUUAUUUUCUUUGUUUGCAAUGUAGUGUAUGUUACAAAAGCAGUAUUAUGAAAAGUAGCCAAAAAUAUGAUGAUCAAAAAUGUAUUACAUAUCAAAUUAUUGUUUAAUUAGCGAAUGCCUAAUGAAAUUGCACUAAAAUAAAUAAGAAUGUGAUGAUAA